UAUAUAUAUUAUAUAAUCGUAUGAAUUAGCUAGAUAUUAUCACGAUUUUUGUUAUCUGAAUCCUGGGUUUUUUAAGUCCCUAAGUUUUCUUGAGUUUUAAAACGAAAGGUUAAAAAAAAAAAAAAAAAAAACAGAGGAACAGUUUGAUGGCUUCCACCAGUGGAAACUCCUCAGCGUCUGCGCCAACCCAGAACUCUGGAUCUGAAGGGGACGUGCAGCUUUUGAUGGACCAGAGAAAAAGGAAAAGAAUGCAAUCGAAUCGGGAAUCUGCGAGGCGGUCUCGGAUGAGAAAACAGAAGCAGUUGAAUGAUCUGACGGGCCAAGUGGCACAGCUCAGUAAAGACAACAACCAAAUCCUCGCGAGCAUCACCAUCACCACCCAGCUCUACAUAAAUAUCGAGGCCCAGAAUUCAAUCCUGAGGGCUCAGGUGGUGGAGCUGAGCCAAAGACUAGAUUCUCUGAAUGAGAUCCUUAAUUUCAUCAACACCAGCGGCAGCGUGUACGAGCCAGAUCAGACCCUUCACGCAAGCCUUGAUAACAGCUUCAUGAACCCCAUGAACUUGCUCUAUCUCAACCAAUCCAUCAGGGCUGCUUCUGCAGACAUUUUUCAAUACGAAUAUUAAUCAGGACCUAAAAAGGGUUGAAACUUGAUCAAUCUAUGGUUGGUUGUGUUGUACUAAUCUUUUCUGGUGAAGGUUGUUCAUGUUCUGUUGGUCUUAAGUGAGUGGGGAGGGAAAAAGAGAGUGUUGUUGUACUGUUGUAAAAGAACAGUAAAAAGGGUAAAAAGAAAGAGUUGAGUAAGCAGCAGCUAUCUUCUUUGUAAAGCUCCUAGAAGUAGCGACUGACUUUCAGAGAACGGUGAUGGUCCAGAAAGGAGAGGCCGAGGGGACCUGGAAGUUGGGUUCUUGCCUUGUCAAUGGGUCCAAUAUAAAUAUGGUGUUAGGGCUUCUAAUGUAUGUUGUCUCUCUGGUUAUAUUAAUAUUAGUAUUAAUCUUCAUGACU